CUCGAUUACGAAGCAAAGAAUAAGCAUCGUAUAAAGAUAAAAUGUACGGACCAGGUCAUCCACCAAAAUCUUCUAUCCAGAGUUUGUUUGUUUUUGUACGAGACAUUAACGAAUCACCCAGGAUAUAAAUUUGACGGGUAAUCGCAUCCCGGAGAAUUGCGUUCUGGGGUCGUUCAUCGGCGACUUCGUUGCGACUGAUGACGAUAAUGACAUGUUAAAGUUUUAUUUGAAUCGCAGUAGUGUUUUGGUUCGUGAAAAGUUUGCUCUACAAGGUGUUCCAAAUAUUAAAUAUCGUACAAUGAACGAUAAAUCAACUAAUAUUUACUCGAUUCCCCUCGUUGUUAACGGUUCUCUUGAUUAUGAAGAAGAAAACGUGUACAUUAUUUGGUUGGCUGUCGAAGAUCCGGGGGGGAAAAUGGCAUUUGAAAGAUUUCAGAUCGAAGUAACCGAUGUAAACGAAGCUCCAACUGAUAUUUUGAUGUCUGAAAAUUUUGUAGCAGAGAACUCUCCUGCUUCAACAGUGAUUGGAAAGUUUUUGGUAAAAGAUCCAGAUGUAAAAAGUGUGCCACCUCAGAUCCAUAUUUGCUCCCUCGAGAACUCAAGGGGUGGUGACGAAGAUGAGUUUUACAUUACUCACGAAACUGAUCACAAUUUUCUCCGAGUUAAAUAUAAUAGUCUUCUCGAUUUUGAAGAAAGAAAUGUUUACAAUAUCAAUGUCACUUGUAAAGAUGCGGCUGGCCUCGAUAUUUCAAAGUCAUUUAAAGUCUCCAUCACUGAUGUGAACGAAGAACCCACGUCAAUAUGUCUCGUAGCCCCUCGCUCAGGUGAAGAUUGUUCAGUUGUUGGUGAAAUCUUUAUCGAGGAUUUGGAUUAUCCUCAAAUACAAUGUGGCUUAAAUUGGACGGUUGAUCUUCAGCCAUAUUCCGAGAAAUUAUCGGAAUACACUUGUCAGAUCAAGAAGGAGGAAGACACUUUAAGUGAAAUUACUAAAGUGAUUAGUCAUUUUUAUGUUCAUGACAGUCCACCAAGAUUGCACGUGAAGAAAAGUAUAUUUAUUCAUGGAAAUCUAUCCUACAAUGUUCCUAUUUCAUGUGAAAGUACCUUACAUCCACGUCAUACCCUGUCAAAAAACCUGGUCGUUCAUAUUCAAGUUCCUAAUGAUGACAACUGUCGUGAUAAGAAACUUUGUGCUUCCUGUCCUCAGCCGAAAUUCUGUCUAUCGAAUGUCAAAGCUGCUGGAAAAUGUAUUGAUACAGAAUAUCUUUUGAACUUAACUGUGGAUGCCCCUCCAUCGUUGUUCAAAAAGCGUGGCUUUAUAAAAGUGUUUGAACACUAUGUUAAAGAUUUGAUUGAGGGAACUGAAAAAGAGAAGAGUCUAAAAGAUUUAAUUAAGGAGAAGGAAGAUAACGAUAUUGCUUCGAGAAAACAACGCGGUGUAUCAAACAGAACUGUGUAUGUGGAGUUACUCCUUUAUGUGAAAGAAGGAACGUUUACUAAAGUCGUGCUUGCUAUCGCAGAGAAACCUAACUACAAAUUGAUCCCAGCGUUUGAAGCCAGUGUUCUUUUAAACAAAGUACUUCAUCUAUAUACUUCAUCUAAGACCAGUAUUUCUCUUCAAUGGAUCAUUGUCGUUUGUUUUGUUGUUUUCAUUUGUAUAAUUUGCUUGAUCAGGAAGUGGAGAAGACAACAUCUACGUCAUGGAGAAAACCUUCCUGAGAGAGAAAACAUUCCUGAGAGAGAAAACCCUCAUAAGGGAGAAAACCUUCCUGAGGGAGAAAACCCUCCUGAGGGAGAAAACCUUCCUGAGAGAGAAAACCCUCAUAAGGGAGAAGACCUUCCUGAGGGAGAAAACCUUCCUGAGGGAGAAAACCUUCCUGAGGGAGAAAACCUUCCUGAGGGAGAAAACCCCUGAGGGAGAAAACCC